UCCUCAACGGCUUCAGCGCAACACUGUUGUUUUGCAAAUGAUCUCGGUGGAUAUAAGACAUGUAUAGAUGGCUUCCAGUGAGGCUGUGAUCUUACACUAACAGCUCAUGUUGUCUGUGCCUGUCACAGGUCUAUCUCCUUUCUAAUUAUAACUCCAUUCCUCUGGACCUCCAAGAAUGGAAGUUUGGGCUGGUGCAUCUGUGGCCUAAACUUAGCCGUGUGUCUGCUCAGAUCUGUGUGUGUCACACUGACCCUCGGUGCUUCAGAGCCUUCAUGUGUUUCUCUCUGUGGAUACUUCACACUCGACAGACGUGAGCAGUUUGGAGAAGCCCACCAGCAUGAGUUUGAUGGACAUAUCAAAGAUCUUUUCUCUUCUUCAACCCAAAGAGGAUGAGGAGGAAGACACGGGCUGCAGUCAGGAGCUCAGUCAGGCCGUGUUUAGAGACGACGAGGGACUCCUCACAGAGCUCCUGUCUCAGGACAGGUACAGGAGGUGUGUUAACCUGCGCAGCGGCUGGGGCGUCCCGGUCACUCCGCUGCGCUCCGCUGCGUCUCACGGUCACCUGCGCUGUCUGGAGCUGCUCCUGGCUCACGGGGCCGAGGUCGACAGCCUGGACGUCAAAGCCCAGACUCCGCUGUUCACAGCCGUCGCUGGCAAACACCUAGACUGUGUCGUUGCUUUAUUAAGAGCGGGAGCUGACCCUAACGGCAGCCCAUAUAACAACUGCUCCCCGGUGCUCACCGCGGCCCGAGAGGGAGACCUGGACAUCCUGAGAGAGCUCCUGCGGCACGGAGCCGAUGUGGACGUCAAGCCCAAGAUCCCAGACUGGGUCUCCAACGCCACGGCCUGCCGGGGCCCGCUCUACAUUUCUGCUUGUUACGGUCAUCUGGAGUGCUUCAAACUGUUACUGCAGCACGGCGCGAACCCGGACUACAACUGCACUGAAGAAAAGAUGCUGAGCCGCAUCAAGCAGCCUAAAACUGUGCUGGAGAUGUGUCUCAGAUACGGCUGCGGGCCUGAAUACAUUCAGCUGCUCGUAGACUUUGGAGCAAGUGUCUAUCUGCCCACGGUCACUGCAGAUAAAACAACCAGACAGAAUGAAGCAGCGCUGCUUCUGCUCAAAGAGAGAGUUUGUCCAAAAACACUGAUGUCUCAGGCGCGACUUUCUUUUUGGAAGUUCCUUCCCAUGGAAAACAAAAUGAGCUGCAUAGAUUGUCUGGAUAUUCCCAAAAUACUGAAGGACUAUUUGAAUCAUGUAUCCUGAUUUUCCUACCUUUCAUAAAAUGUGGUUAAUGCAACAGUGGAGUAGGUAAUGUUCUUCUUUUGUUGAUGUAGAGUAAAUGAAUGUGAAAGAUAAACUCUGCCCUCCGACAGCUGAAAUGAUUGCAGAAGGUUUGCAUCUGAACUGCCUUCUUGUGCAGCUUCGACAAGAUGUUUAUUUGAAUAAUAUAAUACUUUAAGAUGUGAAGGGGAAUUCAACCUCUAGAAUGUCUUCCUAUAAAUAAUGUUGUGCUUAAACAUCA